GGACCAGGAAAGGCCACUUUCUCAUUCCUGGGAGGAGGUGGUCAGUGUGGUCGGAGGUGUGUGGCAGUAAUAAUGGACAAAUACCAGGAGCAGCCUCACUUGUUGGACCCACACCUUGAGUGGAUGAUGAACUUGUUGUUGGACAUGGUGCAAGAUAAGACCUCUCCAGACACCCUCGUACAUCUGGCUUUUAAAUUUCUGUACAUCAUCACCAAGGUUCGAGGACAUAAAAUAUUUCUUCGUUUAUUUCCUCACGAAGUAGCUGAUGUGCAGCCUGUGUUAAAUAUGAUCUCAGAGCAGAACCCCACAGACCAUGAGACAUGGGAGACCCGCUACAUGCUUUUGCUGUGGCUCUCUGUGACCUGCCUGAUCCCUUUUGAUCUUUCACGCUUUGAUGGGAACCUGGGGACCCAGCCUGGGCAGGCACAGAUGCCCAUCAUGGACCGUGUUCUGCAGAUAGCAGAGUCCUACUUGCUGGUCAGUGACAAAGCUCGUGAUGCGGCUGCUGUCCUGGUGUCCAAAUUUAUCACACGCCCUGAUGUCAAGCAGAGGAAGAUGGCCAGCUUCUUGGACUGGAGCCUCAGCACCUUGUCCUGCUCUUCCUUCCAUGCCAUCAAUGGGGUCAUUGCCAUGGAUGGGAUGCUACAAGCCCUGGCCCAAAUAUUUAAGCAUGGAAAACGUGAAGACUGUCUGCCCUAUGCCAACAUCGUGCUGCAGUGCCUGGACAACUGCAGGCUCUCUGAGAGCAACCAGACCCUGUUGAGAAAGCUGGGGGUGAAGCUGGUGCAGCGUCUGGGGCUGACCUUCCUGAAGCCAAAGGUAGCUGAUUGGAGGUAUCAGCGUGGUUCCCGAUCCUUGGCUGCUAACCUGCAGCUCUGUGCCCUGGCUCAGACGGAGCAGAAGAUGCCUGUGGUAAGAUCUGACGGAGAUGAAGACUACGAUGUCCCAGAAGGGGUGGAGAGCGUCAUAGAGCAGCUGCUAGUGGGGCUGAAGGACAGAGACACAGUGGUGCGCUGGUCUGCAGCCAAAGGGCUGCUGGCCCAAUGGCUGUCACUUCUCCCCAGGAUUGGCAGGAUGGCAGGACGGCUUCCUCGAGAGCUGGCAGAUGACGUUGUUGGAUCUGUGCUGGACUGCCUCAGUUUUCAGGAGACAGACAAGGCGUGGCACGGUGGAUGUCUGGCACUGGCGGAACUGGGCAGACGAGGCCUGCUGCUUCCAUCACGACUCCCGGAGGUGGUUGCCGUGAUCUUGAGGGCUGUGACCUAUGAGGAGAAGCGGGGAGCCUUCAGUGUGGGUGCCAAUGUCAGGGAUGCUGCCUGCUACGUGUGCUGGGCCUUUGCGCGAGCCUACGACCCGCAGGAGCUGGAGUCCUUUGUAGCUGCCAUUGCCAGUGCCCUGGUGGUUGCUUCAGUGUUUGACCGGAAUGUGAACUGCAGGAGAGCAGCCUCAGCUGCCUUCCAGGAGAAUGUGGGGAGACAGGGUACUUUCCCUCAUGGAAUUGAUAUUGUGACCACAGCAGACUAUUUUGCAGUUGGCAACACAGCUAACUGUUUCCUGGUUAUCAGCGUGUCCAUUGCUGGCUUCCCCGAGUACACCCAGCCGAUGAUUGACCACCUGAUCGCCAAGAAAGUCAGCCACUGGGAUGGGAGUAUCCGAGAACUCUCAGCCAAGGCGCUGCACAAGCUGGCCCCACGAGCACCUGAGUACUUUGCCACACACGUGCUCCCCACCCUGCUGGUGAUGGCGCUGAGUCCAGAUCUGCACACACGGCAUGGUGCCAUUCUUGCCUGUGCCGAGGUCACCUACGCCCUGUACAAGCUGGCAGCACAGAGGGGCAGGACCGUCACAGACUACCUAGACGAGAAGGUGGUGCAGAGCCUGAAGCAGAUCCACCAGCAGCUUUCUGGCCGGCACCUGUACAGGGGCCUUGGAGGACAGCUCAUGAGACAAGCAGUGUGCGUCCUGAUAGAGAACCUAUCACUCUCCAGAAUGCCCUUUAAAGGUGACCCGGUCAUUGAUGCCUGGCAGUGGCUGAUAGACGACACGCUGAGAAGUCUGCAUCUUGUCUCAAGCCAGUCCAGACAGCAGGUUAAGGACUCAGCCGUGCUGGCCCUGGCCGCCCUCUGCAAUGAGUACUACCAGAAGGAGCCCCGGGAGGCCAGUCCUGCUGUGCAGGAGGUGCUCAUCCCGCGCUACCUUGUUGAGCUCCAGAGCCCAGAGGAGAUGGUUCGCUGUGGCUUCGCGUCAGCCCUGGGUGCCCUGCCCGGCUUCCUCUUGCGAGGCCGGCUCCGACAGGUCCUUGAAGGUCUGAGUGCGGUCACCCGCAUCUCACCCCAGGACGUGAGCUUCGCAGAGGCCAGGAAGGACAGCUUGAGGGCCAUUGCGAGGAUCUGCCAGACGGUGGGUGUGAAGGCAGAGGCAGCCCCAGACGAAGCUGUGUGCAGACAGAAUGUCGCCCAGGUGUAUACCACGCUGCUGGCCUGCAUGGGAGACUACACCACAGACAGCAGGGGCGAUAUGGGGGCCUGGGUCCGCGAGGCUGCCAUGAGCAGCCUGAUGGACCUGACACUGCUGCUGGCGCAGACGCAGCCUGAGCUGAUUGAAGCCCACACCUGUGAGCGAGUCAUGUGCUGCGUGGCCCAGCAGGCGAGUGAGAAGAUCGACCGGUUCCGCGCUCACGCUGCCCACGUGUUCCUGACGCUUCUGCACUCCGACAGCUCCCCUGUGCCCCACGUUCCCCACCGCAGGGAACUGGAAGCACUGCUUCCCAGGUCUGAAGUGAGCUCUGUGAACUGGAACGCACCUUCCCAGGCCUUCCCGCGUAUCACCCAGCUCCUGGGGCUGCCCACCUACCGCUACCACGUGCUGCUGGGGUUGGCCGUGUCUGUGGGCGGCCUGACCGAGUCCACGGUCAAGCACUCCACCCAGAGCCUCUUUGAGUAUAUGAAGGGGGUUCAGCAGGACCCCCAGGCUCUGGGCAGCUUCACUGGGACCCUUCUGCAGGUCUUUGAGGACAACCUCCUGAAUGACAGAGUGUCCGUGUCGCUGCUGAAGAUGCUGGACCACAUGCUGGCCAACGGGUGCUUUGACAUCUUCACCAGGGAGGAGAACCACCCCUUCUGUGUGAAGUUGCUUGCGCUUUGUAAAGAAGAGAUCAAGAAGUCAAAAAACACCCAGAAACUUCGGUCCAGCAUCACAGUGCUCUGUGGGAUGGUGCAGUUCUGUGGUGACGUGAGAAAAAAGGUGCUCCUGCAGCUGAUGCUGCUCCUCUGCCAUCCGUUCCCUGUGAUCCGGAAGACCACAGCAAGCCAGGUGUAUGAGAUGGUGCUGACCUACAGUGGCGUGGUGAGCGCCGACACCCUGGACGAGGUCAUGGCUGUUCUCAGUGACACGGUCUGGGAUGCUGAGCUGCCGGUCGUCAGACAGCAGCGGAAUCGCCUGUGCGACCUCCUCGGUGUGCCCCAGCCCCAGCUGGUCCCCAAGGCCGGUGCUCACUGAAGCUGGUCCAGGAGCUGAGAUGGGACUCCUGCUCGUGGGGACAUCCUGCUCCUAGCGACACUGAUGGCCACACCAGAGCCUGGUGCAGAUGUCUGUGGAAAGACGGUGCCUCCUCCUCGUGUUCCCUGGGCCCUGAUGUCUCUGCUGUUGCCCCACACAAAUGUGCUCCCAUAAAGUCAUACUCCAUA